CACUUGAUUUAGUUUCUUUAAAAAAAGGAAAGGAAAGCAAACGUAACACCACCUAGCUAGUUCAUUCUUUCACAUAAUUAGUUCAAUGGCUUCCAAUAUUAUUAUUUUGAUGAUGAUUAUGGUAUUAAGAGUAGUAGAGGGUGCAGCUGAAAGAGCAUUUUUUGUGUUUGGAGAUUCAUUAGUUGAUACUGGAAAUAACAACUAUUUGGCUACAAGUGCUCGUGCAGAUUCACCACCUUAUGGCAUUGAUUAUCCAACUCAUCGUCCUACUGGACGAUUCUCUAAUGGCCUUAACAUUCCUGACAUUAUCAGUGAAAAACUUGGAAUAGAGCCUACAUUGCCAUACUUGAGUCCUGAGCUUCAAGGGGAAAAGCUUCUUGUUGGUGCCAACUUUGCUUCUGCUGGGGUUGGUGUACUUAAUGAUACUGGAAUUCAAUUUGUAAAUAUUAUAAGAAUUGGACAACAACUAGAAUACUUUGCAGAAUACCAAAAAAGAGUUGGAGCUUUGAUAGGAAGUGAAAAGGCAAAGCAAUUGGUGAAAGAGGGUCUUGUUCUAAUUACACUUGGUGGCAAUGAUUUUGUCAACAACUAUUAUUUAAUCCCUUUUUCUGUUAGAUCUCGUCAAUAUAUGCUUCCAGAUUAUGUCUCCUAUGUCAUCUCUGAAUACAAAAAUGUUCUUCAGAAACUCUAUAGCUUAGGAGCUCGUAGAGUUAUUGUGACGGGAACAGGGCCAUUAGGUUGUGUGCCCGCGGAAUUAGCCCAAAGAAGCCGCGAUGGCAGCUGCGCGGAUGAUUUGCAGCAAGCAGCAGUACUGUUCAAUCCACAACUAGUUGAGAUGCUUAAUGGUCUCAAUAGUGAAAUAGGCAGCCAUGUUUUUGUUGCAGCAAAUACAAACCAAAUGCAUUUGGACUUCAUUACUGAUCCUCAAGCUUUUGGAUUUGUGACAUCAAAGGUGGCAUGUUGUGGACAAGGACCAUACAAUGGGAUGGGGUUGUGCACACCUUUAUCCAACUUGUGCUCAAACAGAGAUGAAUAUGCAUUUUGGGAUCCAUUUCACCCCACGGAGAAGGCUAACAGAAUCAUUGUUGAACAAAUCUUGACUGGAACAACUGAUUACAUGCACCCAAUGAACCUUAGCACCAUUAUGGUCAUGGAUUCCAAGGCUUAAUAAAUUCUACUCUCAAUUUGUUUAAAUUUCCACUAGAAAUGUUAUUUAUUUAAUGUCCUUUUAGUUGAGUAAUUCCUUCUUUGAAAAUAAGAUGGAUAUUGUGUUAAAUGUAAGUGUUAUUGAGUUGAUCAUUCUCAUAACUUGUCUUCCUGCAUCUCUUCUUCUAAUAGUAUGUCUUC